AUGAGUAUUCCUCGGCUCGAACUUCAGGCUGCUGUAUUGGGUACUCGUUUGAUGGGUACAAUUUUGAAGGAACAUUCCAUUAAGGUAUCAAGAAUAGUUUGCUGGAGUGAUUCAACCACCGUAGUUAGUUGUAUUGGAUCUGAAAGCCGAAGAUAUAAACCCUUUGUUGCCCAUAGAAUUACUGAGAUUAUUGAUUCUACUAGCCCAGCAGAUUGGAGAUGGCUGCCAACAAAUCUUAAUGUUGCCGAUGAAACUACAAGAAUGAAAAGCCAGGUUAAUUUUUCAGAUGAUUGCCGCUGGUUUACGGGACCUAAAUUUCUAUACGAAUAUGAAGAUGAAUGGCCAAAAACGCAAGAAAUACCUACUUGUAGCCUAGACACUGAAGAACUUCGUCCCAAAUUUGCUUUGCUGGUAAAUACCCCUGUUGUUUUUGAAUUCGAUAGAUUUUCAUCAUAUUUGAAAUUAAAACGUACGAUUGCCUGGGUGUUACGUUUUAUAAAUCGUUGCCAAAAGAAGAUUGGUCCUGAAGAAGGAAAUGGUUUAACUACUGCAGAGUUAAAAAGUGCUGACAUUUGUCUUUGCCGUCAAGCCCAACGAGAAAAAUUUAGCGCUGAAAUUGAAAUUAUUAAAAAUGAAGGUACUUUGCCCAAAAGUAGUGAGUUGUAUGCCCUGACUCCAUAUAUGGAUGAAAAUUCAUUACUUCGAGUUUAUGGUCGUGUGGAUGCAGCUAGUUGGUUACCAUUGGAUAUAAGGCGUCCGAUUAUAUUACCGUCGUUUCAUCCUGUCACCGAGUUAUUUCGUCGUACAUUGCCGGUGCCACCACUUAUGGGUUCUCUGCCAAAAGACAGAUUGACGCCAUAUAUUCGUCCAUUUUCCUACACUGGAUUGGACUAUUUUGGUCCAGUUAUUGUAACCGUUGGUCGUCGCCAUGAAAAACGUUGGGUGGCCUUAUUUACUUGUCUGACCAUAAGGGGCAUUCAUUUGGAAGUCGCUUUCGAUUUGUCAACCGAUGCGUGUAUUCUUGCCAUACGCAAUUUUAUAAAUCGACGUGGCCUGCCUACAAGACUGAGGAGCGAUAAUGGUACAAAUUUUGUUGGUGCUGAUAAAGUUGCCAAGAGGUUCAGUGAAGUAUUUGAUGUGGCUCAAAUUCAAGAUGAACUUACAUCUAAAGGUAUAGAUUGGCAGUUUAAUUGUCCACAUAAUCCUGCAGAAGGUGGUAUAUGGGAACGGAUGGUCCAAUGUGUAAAGCGUGUGUUGCAGUCAACUUUGAAAGAAUCCGCCCCUCGUGAACACACACUGCAAAGUUUCCUGAUUGAAGCGGAAAAUAUUGUGAAUUCCCGUCCGUUGACACACUUGCCGUUGAGCCACGAAGAUGAAGAACCACUAACGCCUAAUCAUUUUUUGUUGGGUUGCCCUAAUACAACACAAACUCCUGCCGGAGCAAAAGACGAACAGCCUGUUGUAGUAAAAAAGCAGUGGCGCAUUUCCCGUCAGCUACGUGAUCAUUUCUGGAACAGGUGGAUAAAAGAAUAUUUGCCCACGUUGACUAGACGCUCCAAAUGGUGUCAACGUACGAAGCCUAUUGCUAUUGGUGAUUUGGUUCUAAUUUGCGAUCCAGCCGUGUCCCGUAGAGAUUGGAAGCGAGGCAGAGUGGAAGAGGUGUUUAUAGGUAGAGAUGGUGUUAUUCGUCGUGCUGAUGUACGUACUAGUACAGGAAUACUAAAGCGACCUGUUUCCAAGCUUGCUGUCCUUGAUUUGGAGUAG